UUGAUAGAUAAUAUAGUUUAUUUUGAAUGUUGCGUAGACAUUUUACAUUGCAUUAUACAUUUUACAUUGGACAAGAAGAUGAAGACACACAUUUUUCUCACAGUGGUUUUAAUUCUAGAAUUUCCAUGUGUUGUUCAAGGUGUUUUAAUAGAAGAUUGGUUAAUUUCAACUUUAAUGAAGGAUUACAAUAAACUAGCAUAUCCUGGAACAACGGACAAUGACACUGUUGUCGUCAAACACGACAUGACCCUUAUUCGAAUUGUGGAAUUUGAUGGUACAAAGUUGACGAUUGACGCAUGGCUAGGUACAGAAUGGAGAGAUCCACGAUUUCUAUGGGAUUCUUCUCCAUCAAAUAUUCGUUUACCAAUAUCACAGAUUUGGACACCAGAUAUCGUUCUUUACGACAAUCCAGACUCAAGGAUACGAUUUGAACCAAACGCAUUAAUUGACCAAUCAGGAGGUGUUUACUACAGCCAGCCAAUACGUCUCGAGGUCGAUAACUGUCGACAGAUACAGGAUGAAUUAAGAUGUACCUUCAAAUUCGGCUCAUGGACAUUUGACGGAUUUAAAAUUGAUUUACAAAAUAGAAGCCAUGUCAUAGAUUUGUCAAACUUUCAACUACACACCAACUAUGAUAUAAUGGAUACAAGCGUGGUCAGGAAUGUGUUGUAUUAUGCGUGUUGUCCAGAACCGUUCCCUGAUAUUACAUACACAGUUAAUUUGAAAAAAAUAAAGAGAGGAUGGUUUGACAGACUGUAAUUAGGUUUCAUUCUUUUUAUUGUUUCCACGGAAAAUAUUACAGUGAUUUGUGAUUAUAAAGUAUCCAAAUAUA